AUGAUGUUCUCCGGCUUCAACGCCGACUACGAGGCGUCAUCAUCCCGCUGCAGCAGCGCCUCCCCUGCCGGGGACAGUCUCUCCUACUACCACUCACCGGCCGACUCCUUCUCCAGCAUGGGCUCUCCCGUCAAUGCGCAGGACUUCUGCACCGAUCUGGCCGUCUCCAGUGCCAACUUCAUCCCAACGGUGACUGCUAUCUCGACCAGCCCAGACCUGCAGUGGCUAGUGCAACCCACCCUGGUCUCCUCGGUUGCCCCAUCCCAGACCAGAGCCCCUCACCCCUACGGAGUCCCCACUCCCUCGGCUGGGGCUUACUCCAGGGCUGGAGUCGUGAAGACCAUGCCAGGAGGCAGAGCUCAGAGCAUUGGCAGAAGGGGCAAGGUGGAACAGUUGUCCCCAGAAGAAGAAGAGAAAAGGAGAAUCCGAAGGGAAAGGAAUAAGAUGGCUGCAGCCAAAUGCCGGAACCGGAGGAGGGAGCUGACUGACACACUCCAAGCGGAGACAGACCAGCUAGAAGACGAGAAGUCUGCUUUGCAGACUGAGAUCGCCAACCUGCUGAAGGAGAAGGAAAAACUCGAGUUCAUCCUGGCAGCUCACCGACCUGCCUGCAAGAUCCCUGAUGACCUGGGCUUCCCUGAAGAGAUGUCUGUGGCUUCCCUUGAUCUGAGUGGGGGCCUGCCUGAGGCUGCCACCCCCGAAUCUGAGGAGGCCUUCACCCUGCCCCUCCUCAAUGACCCGGAGCCCAAGCCCUCCGUGGAGCCAGUCAAGAACGUCAGCAGCAUGGAGCUGAAGGCCGAGCCCUUUGAUGACUUCCUGUUCCCAGCAUCGUCCAGGCCCGGCGGCUCUGAGACAGCCCGCUCUGUGCCGGACAUGGACCUGUCUGGUUCCUUCUAUGCAGCAGACUGGGAGCCCCUGCAUGGUGGCUCCCUGGGGAUGGGGCCCAUGGCCACAGAGCUGGAGCCCCUGUGUACCCCGGUGGUCACCUGCACCCCCAGCUGCACUACUUACACGUCUUCCUUCGUCUUUACCUACCCCGAGGCUGACUCCUUCCCCAGCUGUGCGGCUGCCCACCGCAAGGGCAGCAGCAGCAACGAGCCUUCCUCUGACUCGCUCAGCUCACCCACGCUGCUGGCCCUGUGA